GCGAACAACUAUGUAACUGUGGCGAUAUAUGCAUGGAUCAGGAAUGUUUUGCCGAAUUGGUGAACUAUAAUUGAAACCUGAAAAAUACAUAUGGUUAAUUAGUAGAGAGAUACUAAGCAUCAAUAUUAUUAUUGGUAUGUACCCAGCAAACUAAUCACCAGAAAAAAGUUCAUCAUCAUCUACAGGGAAUCAUAAAGGAAAUAAGGUGAUCAUGGUGGUGGCGGUUUUGUUCGUCGUGUCGCUCGGGGUUCAAGCGGCGUCGGCCGAAGUAAGCUAUCUUUGCAACGGCGAAUCGUUCGAAGACGGCGAUCCGCGGAGUCUUUGUGUUUAUUUUCUGAUGCGGGUGUUGAUCGGGGAGGCGACUCCGGUGAGAGUUGGGCGUUGGUACAAAGAGCAGGAUUGCGUCGACGGAUCGUCGGUGUACGGUUUCCAGUGGGCAGAUCAGGGCAAGACUGGGUGCCUUUACGAGGCCAGGGAUGCCCUCCAGAACACUCAGUGCCAACACCGCGUAGGAGGUCAGGCAUGGGGCGACGGCUGUUACAUGAGGUUUGAGACUUACCCGUUCGAUCGGCGCUCCUAGCUAAUAUAGUCGGACUGUCAAGCAACUAGCUAGUAAAUAGUAAUUGAAUAAUGCAAUCAGGAUCUU